AUGAUCUUCGAUCCCGCCCCCAUCGAGCUCCCCGCCUCCUACGAGACCGUCCCAACAACCGGACAUGUCGUCGUCUCCCACUAUCCCCCCGGCACACCAACCGUGACCCCCGUCGUAGUCGUGACUCUAAACCGUCCCGCCAACCAGAAUGCCUUCACCGGCCAAAUGGUCAUUGACUUCGAGAAGCUCUUCCCGAUGUUCGACGUCGACGAGCGAGUCAAGGUUAUCGUGUUAACCGGUGCCGGAAAGACUUUCUGCGCCGGCGCCGAUCUUGACAUCGGAUUCAACUCUGGGAAACAGAAGGAGCGUAAUUCUGAUCACCGUGAUGGCGGCGGCCGAGUCGCACUCGCCAUCCACAGAUGUCGCAAGCCGACAAUUGCUGCCAUGCAAGGCUCGGCCGUCGGUGUUGGUAUGACAAUGACUCUUCCAGCAAUCAUCCGCAUCGCCUACGAAAAAGGCAAAUACGGCUUCGUCUUCGCCCGCCGCGGAAUCACCAUGGAAUCAUGCUCUUCCUUUUUCCUCCCCCGACUCAUCGGUCACUCCAACUCCAGCUACCUUGUCAGCACCGGCGGCGUCUUCCCGCCAACCUCCAAGCACUUCGGUGAUCUCUUUAACGAGACGCUCCCCGAGUCAUCGCAGGUCCUGCCACGUGCUCUGGAGUUGGCGACCGAGAUUGCGCAGAACGUCAGCCCGAGUGCCUCGUACCUGAAUCGCGCGCUUAUGUGGCGUGAUACUGGUUCUGCGGAGGCUGCUCAUCUUGUUGAGUCGCACACUAUCCUUCAUAUGUUUGGAGCUCCGGAUCAGAAGGAGGGUGUUACUGCGUUCUUUGAGAAGAGGAAACCGAACUUUAAGGCUAAUUUGGAUGAUAACCCACCGCCCAAUGUGCCGUGGUGGACUGAGGUUGAUACUGGGCGGAAUCCUAAGGCGAAGGUUGUUUCGAAGUUGUAG